ACACGGCACGUCAUUGUUGAAUUUGUUGUUAUUCCUGCAGAUAGUUGUAUUUUCUGCCAACACGCAAGAAACACAAUAAAAUGAGUGCGCUCUUCAACUUUCAAAGUCUUUUGUCCGUCAUUCUGUUGCUGAUAUGCACCUGCGCCUAUUUGCGUUCCCUUUUCCCCAGCAUCAUUGAUCGCAACAAAACUGGUUUGUUGGGCACCUUUUGGAAGAUGGCGCGCAUUGGCGAACGAAAAUCGCCUUGGGUUGGCGCCGCCUGCUUGAUAAUGGCUUGCACAGUGCUGUUCUGGAGCUAAAAUUUUGAAUAAUUACGGAAUUGCAUAACAUAACAUUAAGUAGUUUUAAGUCGAAGAGCUAAACGAUAAUUGUGUUUUCUACAAAACUCAAAAUGAUUUUUGCAUUUUAUUCCCAUUGCGCUGCGCUUUUCCCUUUGCUGGUCAGCCAGUGUGACCGUUGAUAAGAAAGAAAAUAAAACUGAAAAAUUUAAA